AUGACCGCCAACACUACAACACAUCAUCUAACACCACCGCCGACAACAUUGGGUCACAUAAAUAAUGAAAGAGUUGGUGAUGAGAUGGUUCAUGCGAAUAGUUCCCCCAUACCAUCAAUACAAAGGAAUCCACCAUCCCCUAGAACACAAUCUAAAUCUAUAUUGACUAUUGCCCUUCAAAAAGCUCAGACUGCCGUACAAUUUGAUGCUGCAAAUAAUGUGAUAGCUGCAUUAGAAGCAUAUAAACAGACCGUUGAACUUUUAUCGCAAGUUAUCAUUAAGGCUGUAAAUGAAGCGGAUCGUCGAAGAUUACAACUUAUCGUGACUCCAGAAAAUGAUAAUGAAAAUGAUAAUGAUGCUAAUAGUACAGAUCAAGAUCAAGAUUUAAACGAUUAUUAUAAUUUCAUAAAUGAUGAUUAUAAUGAUAAUUCAACUGACCCGAAUAACUUAAAACGAUCCGAGGAAGACAAUUCUUUAAUAAACAAAAGUAAUCAAAAUAAUCAAAAAAAUCAAAAAAAUCAAAAUAACCAAAAUAAUUAUACAAUUAAUCAAAAUAAUCAAAAUAAUCAAAAAAAUAGCGUGGACGUUAUAAAAAACAAUCAAAACUUAAAUUUGAUUAAUGGAAUUGAUCACACAAAAGAUGGUUUAAAAAGCAAAGUUAAUUAUAUAACGUCGUCACAUCAAAAAAGUUUUUCUAGUACUUCAACGAUAACAAUAAAAUCUUGGGCUUCCACAAAGUCAUAUUCAUCUGAGAAAACUACACCCGUGUCAAUAUAUGAGAUUUCUGUCGAUGGAACGAAAUCUAUUGCUGAUACUAAUGAUAUCUCUGGAUUCGCAACAAGCUCUGAUGAAGUAGAUUCUUCUUCAGGUUCUGAAGAAUUAGAUUCCAGUGGUAAUUCUGAUACAAAAUCAGAAAUAACUGAAAGAAAUAUAUUGACCAAAAAUUCUUCCUCAAAAUCACCGACAACAGAAAUAUCAUUUUAUUCCCCUUCAGAAAGUUCUUCUCCUUCUGAAAGUUCUUCUCAAAAAGAAUCAUCUCCAUUAAAUAAUCCAAAAAUAAUAGUGAGGACAGAAAAACAUACAAUUCCGUCUCAUGUUUCUGUACCUCCUUCAUCAAAAAUUACUUCUUCAGCUCCACCAAUAGCUUCCAUAGUUUCCUCCAAUAAUAGUUCUCCUCUACGUUCUGAUAUAUCAUUACCACCUCCACGUUCUUCUUCCACUCCAGAAAAAGCAUUACAACCUCCCGUGAAAAACAAUAAUGUCUCAUUGCCAAUUACUAAGUCAUCCGAAUCAACAACUGAUUCAUUUUCAAAAUCAAUGCCUAAAGGUGAUGAUCAAGAGUCUGUAAAAUCUAUAUCUCAACCCCAAGCAUCUACGGAAAAAUUGCUUGGUAAGGCAUUACCUCACAACCGAAAACCUGCUCCCCUUCCCCUUCCAUUGAAGAAACAAAACAGUUACAAUUCUCGUAAUUUAACGAAUAGUUAUCCCUCACCUAGCCCUAAUUCAGCAACCCCUUCACCGUCAUCCGGUUCCACAGGAUUCGCAAAAAGAUCAACUUCAAGUUCAGGGAAUAGUUCGAAAAAAAGUAGCCCGACUCAUAGUUCACCACCUAAUAGUACAUUCCGUAAAGAACCAUCAAUUUCAUCUUCCAAGACGAUAGAUUCAGGUUAUGCAUCUGUCGUCACAAGUCCUUUUCCAAAUACGUUACUUUAUGAUGACGAAUUGGGUUUACCUAUUGUAACAAAUUCAGCGUUACCGGAACAACCACCAGUUGAUGUACAUUUGAAACCUUUUUGGUUGAUGCAUUUAUUGGAACGUACAAUGACCACAGGAGGAUAUUUGACCCCAAAAUUAUAUAUCCCUCGUAAUUUGUGGUUGCAAGGUCAUGCGAAAUUAACUGCUAUAGAAACUAAAACAUCAAGUUGUGAUGUUGUUUUGAAUUGUUUAAUAAGAUUAUCCAAGACUUCAUUAAAUGAUAUGGACGGCCUUGUCAAGGAAUUGGAAGGUAUCGAACCUAUUCUAGAAGGUCUUCAAAAUUCUCUUGCAAGAAAAUUGAGUUACGUUGAGUCUACCAAUGGUAAAGGACGACAGAGCACAAGUUCACUUAUGAGUUGGGGAUCUAAAUUAUCACGUGGUCUUGAUCGAAUGGGAAUGAGUAAUGCUAUGGUUCGGAGUGAGGAGGCCAAUGGAUAUGUUGAUGUGCUUAUUAAAGUAUUUCAGAAUGCAAAAAUUGUUGAAAGAUAUAUUCAGUAUUUUAAUACAAUGAAAGCACCCUACCAUCAUCAUCACACUCAUAUUAUGAUUCGAUUGUUCAAAUUUGCGGAUUAUUUUUCAAAUGUUCUUUGUCGGUUUGUUGUGCGCGAUUUAGGUAUAUUAGCGGACAAAUAUGUGAAAAAAGGUAGUCGAUGGGUUAUCGAAUGA